AUGACCGCAGCAAAAAUGCAGCUAGAAGACUGUAUGAUCUUUGAAGAAAUGUUUGUCUCAUCGCCUGCUAAUAUUGUUCGCGCAGGGCUGGAUGACUUGUGCGUCCGAUUCAUCAUUAACUUGCCGCACGAAGAACUUCAGUCAGUGGAGCGAAUCUGCUUCCAAGUCGAGGAAGCUCAAUGGUUUUACGAAGACUUUAUCCGCCCGCUCGACCCCGCACUCCCAUCGCUUUCCCUCAGACCAUUCGCUUUGCGCAUGUUUCAGCACUGCCCGCUGAUGUCACAGUGGUCGCAAUACCACCACAUCACUGCAUUCUCAGAGUUUCUGGCCUACAAGACUCGUGUACCGGUCCGCGGUGCCAUCCUUUUAAACCAGGAGAUGGACGAAGUAGUACUGGUGAAGGGCUGGAAGAAGAAUGCUAACUGGAGCUUCCCCCGUGGAAAAAUCAACAAGGGCGAAAAGGACCUAGAUUGCGCAAUCCGAGAGGUUUACGAAGAGACUGGCUUUGAUGUCCGGGAAGCUAAUCUCUUCCAAGAUGAUGACUUGGUUAAGUACAUCGAGAUCACUAUGCGAGAGCAGCACAUGCGACUGUAUGUCUUCCGUGGUGUACCUCGAGACACUCAUUUCGCACCCAGGACCCGCAAAGAGAUCAGCAAGAUCGAGUGGUACAAGCUUUCUGAAUUACCGACUCUCAAGAAGAAUAAACAUGAAGGUCUUGCAGUGGCCAAUGCCAAUAAGUUCUACAUGGUUGCUCCGUUUUUGCAUCCACUGAAGAAAUGGAUUGCGCAGCAGAAAAAACUUGAAGUUAGUCAAACUGAUAUUAAAGUACUCCCCCAAGUCGAAGGGUACCCCUCGAUGGAUAUGAAUGGCCAUCAUGCAUUUGAUGUGCCUACACCUCUUGCUUCUGGACUCGAAUGGGCAGCCUCAAGCAAUCUUCCUGAAGUGGCCUCCAAAGAAGACGCAUCGUCUCAACUGAAGCGCCUUUUCAAUAUUGGUGGAGCUGUACCGGUGACAGCUCAAACCCAUUCUCCUGUUUUGGAUCAGCCCACUGCUGUUAACCAUUUGAAAUCCAACGCACUCCUUGAAUUAUUGAGAAGGGGAUCGAAAGAACCAGUCAAUUGUCUUAAUGAAAGCAUUCCUGCACUCAACACCCACCCUGGCCCAUCACAGCAAACUCAAGCACCUUACUUGCCAGCAAACUUUUUCCCUGGAUUCCCACGCCAACAGAACAUUUCACCAAGUCUUAUCGUGGCGCCCCCACAUUAUCCAAACGGACUAACUGAUACGGAUUUCCGUCAUACCAAUUUUCAACAAGGGCAAUUCCCGCUUAGCCAUCAUUCCGAGCUUUCUGGAUCCAUUGUCCCCCAGAGCCAGCAAAUGUAUGAGUCAAUGCACAAUUCUGUUGCCUCAUCAGGAGCACCUCUCUCUGCACCAUUCCGACAGACUGGAGACCCUCAGUUUUCUCAGCCUGCGCAGCCUCAAGACCUGGGUGCAAGGGUGCCGAAUGCUAACAAUCUUCCACCUCCAAAGCUUACGAGCCACUCUCUCGCUUUGUUGGGCUUCUUCAAGGAUAAUGUUGCAAAGGCCCGUGUCAAUUCGACUCCAAUGAUAGCAGCUUCAAGUGCAGGGUCACCACAUACCGGGAAGACUUCUCAGCACCAGGAUAGUCUCUUGAAUUUGUUCAAGGCUAGAAAUGAGAUUUCUGCCCCCCUUCAGCCGGCCGAGCUGGCGGGCGUUUCAGUUCCACCUGCCACAGUCGCAGAGUUCAGACCCACAGAUGGUAUGGUUUCUAUUCUUAAGCGUAUCCCUCAGCCAGUUUAUGGUCGUCACCAACAUGCCUCUGAGGUAGUCAAAGCUGGUCAAACUUCGGCCACUGUACCUGGGCCAAUGGAUAUGCCACAAUUCGACAGCAUAACUCAGCCAACUCUGAAGAAGACUGCAAAGGGAACUCCCAGAAGAAAGAAUGGGAAUAGACGAGAACCCUCGCCGCAGCAGCAGCAUCUGUCAUCCCCAAUCAAAAUCCUGGCACGACCAAAGCCCAUGGAGGAAUCGACCAACGGAUAUGUGCAAUCUCCUACUACUGAGCCGGUAGUCUCUGAGAAAUACAAACAGCCAUUUCAACCAAAGAUUCUUCGACGUUCAGAGAAAACAACCCCGGAGAAAACUGGCCUUGAAACUGCGUUACAGUCAGAGGAACUUACCCGUCAAGAAGCCGAAUGGACCAGACAAAAUACCUUUGAUCGUCGGCCCAGUACUGCCACACAGAAAGAGACUCUACUGUCUCUUUUUGCUCAGGCAUCGGCUCCUCAGUCGGCCAGAUAG